AGCCACCAGAACUGACAUAUACAUUCCUAGGGAACACCUACGUCCUAGGCAGGUGACCAACCCCUCUUUAGCGGCCUACGUCCUGCGUUACGCCGCUGUUUAAGUAUAAAGCGGAAUGGCUGAAGGGCUUAUGAAGGCAAUCGAGGAACACAGAGUCCCUUGUAGCGUUAAUGCCGCAUACUAUGUGCCCAACUUUAUUUCUGCGGAAGAAGAGGAGUAUCUCUUGAGGAAGAUAUCGGAAACUCCAAGACCUAAAUGGAGGGAGGUCUCACAUAGACGCUUACAGGUUUGGGGUGGUAAUAUUGAUCUUAAGUCGGAUGCGCUGUUGCCCGAACCCAUGCCCUCAUUUCUGAGAGAUUACCCUUAUCUUCUCACACGACUCAAGAACACUGGGGUUUUUGACCGGGCAUCAUGUGUCGAGAAAGCACCCAAUCAUGUCAUCCUAAAUGAGUACCCUGCAGGUAUCGGGAUAAUGCCUCAUGAGGAUGGUCCCUCCUACUACCCAGUCGUAGCAACCAUCUCAUUGGGAUCCCAUACUGUCAUGAACUACUACCGCUAUCGACCAGACUGCUCCACUCAUUCCGACGGAUCCGUUCAUUCUGCAGAUGCCUGCAUUUCAUUCCAAGAUGCGACCUCAAGUGGACGAUCAAUUGACCCACAGCCUGUUCUGACCUUGUUAUUGGAGCCUCGGAGCCUCGUCGUCACCACUUCUGAGCUAUAUACGAAUCACCUGCAUGGAAUUGACGACAUCACCAGCGAUUCUUUCCAGCCUCCCGACGCUGCGGCUCUUUCUGGGUCAGACGAAUCAAACACCAAAGAAUCGAACACAUUCGCGAUUGCAAAUUACGGGCUCCUGGGAUCAUCUAUGUAUUCCUCUGCUGUAGAAGGCAGAGGGACACUGGAAAGAACAUCGCGGACCAGCUUGACAUGUCGGGUCGUCGAGAAAGUAAUGGGUGGGAUAGGGAGAAUUGCGAGACCGCGCGGUUGA